CCAUCAGUGAGGGUAUGAGAUGUAAGCAACGGUAGAGGAGGAGACACGUGGGCGACAUGCAAAUCAAGGGGAACCAACUCCUUUGAAAGAGAAGAAGAAUAUACCUGCGUAGUGGGGGGAAGCAUGAUGAGGAACACAAUGCAGGAUCUUCCUAUUCUGGAUAUCAAUAUUCACUAACUUGUAGAGACUGGUCUGGACUAGACUGCCCAACCUAUAAGUAGCUACAGACGAAAGGAAUGGUCCUACAUGAUGAGCAAGGGCACUAGCAUUGGUCUUAUUUUCCCGGCCACUUACCACUUGCAUAUCCAUCUAUUUCAUAUAUAUGCCUUUCUUCUUUAUUUCAUUGUUUACUGAAUUUUCAAUCCAGCUCAAGCAGUGGAGGUGAACAGGAAUUGGGUGUCAAAAUUGCUCAUAAUUCAUUCAUUCCUACAACAAGAGUCGACUGAUCCAUGAUAUUCCUUUAUAGCAUGGCAGCCUUGUAUCCAUCUAUUCAUCCAAACUCAAUAUAUUAAUGAUAUUUGCUUUUCAUACAUUACCAUGUUGACUAAUCCCAACCACCCCCACACACACUCUCUCUCCUUUCUCUUUGUAGCUAGCUAGGUUCUAGGUAGCUCCCUCCCCACAACUUCAAUCAAGCUUGAUCGAUCAUUUUAAAAUCUGUAGUCAGUACUGUCUCUCGAUCACUUGCUCUAUAUCAUUCUAGCCAACACAUACUCAUAUAUAUAUAAUUAUUAACUCGAUCAUGAGCUCGAUCUCUCUGUCUCCCUCUUUCUCCCUAUCAAUCCAUCUCGAUCUGCCUUUCCUCUGAGUACUAUAUAUGCAUGCAUAUAUAUAUCUGCGUGUGCAUGCUUAUUAAUUGGAAUUAACCCCUCCAGCAGUCCAGCUGACUAGCUAGCUAUCUCCUUGUUGCCAUGAUCGCUCGAGUACUUAACUAUUAAGUGGUUCCACUUUGGUAUCCGCACUGGCUUUCUGCAAUUAUAUAUAUUGAUCGAUCCGUGACUCAUCACUUGGACUGGGAAGUUUGAAGCUAAAGUUGUUGCUUUGAAUUUGAUUUGCUGCAAAAUGCUGCUGCUGCUGGCUUGGAAUUAAACCAAUUCAUUUCUUUACUGCCGUCUUGCAGGAACAAGAUAGAUGGUGGCGGUCCUCAAGUCUCGACUGAACCUUAGUCCUUAGAUUUCAGGGUUUAAGGUGAUCGAUUAGGCUGUCUCAAUCUUUUUCGGAAUUUAGAAAUCAACCGAACAGCUCGCAUGCUGCACCAGUUUUCAGAUUUGAUGGGACAAGUGCUGCUUUGAUCAUUGGUUAAGAAUAUAUAUACAUAUACCAAUACAUUUGAAGAUGAAGUUUAUGAAAAUUGGGACCAAGCCGGAUACCUUCUACACUGAACGAGCCGCCAGGUCUGUAGUUUCAGAUGUACCCAGCGACCUUCUCAUACAAAUCAACAGCAUCAGUUAUGUUCUCCAUAAGCUGCAGUUUCCAUUGCUUCCAAAAUGCGGUCUAUUACAACGGCUUUGCUGUGAUUCUGGUGAUCUGGAAAAAAUGAACAUAGAGCUUCACGACAUUCCAGGAGGCGAAGAAGCUUUUGAACUGUGUGCUAAGUUCUGUUAUGGAAUUAAAAUAAAACUCAGUGCCUAUAACUUUUUACCUGCAUAUUGUGCUGCUAAAUUCCUUGAAAUGACUGAAUCUGUAGACAAGGGAAAUUUUGUCCUAAAACUCGAGGCUUUCCUCAAUUCAUGCAUUCUCGAAGGUUGGAAAGACUCCAUCGUCACACUACAAACUACUGUUAAGUUGCCUGACUGGUCUGAGAAUCUUGGAAUCAUCAGAAAGUGCAUCGAUUCAAUUGUUGAAAAAAUCCUUACACCCCCACCACAGGUGACAUGGUCAUACACUUAUACCAGACCUGGUUACAACAAAAAGCAUCAUCAUUCUGUCCCCAAGGAUUGGUGGACAGAGGAUAUAUCAGACCUUGAUAUAGACCUGUUUCGGUGUAUAGUUACUGCUGUUAGAUCAACCUAUAUGCUGCCACCACAGCUCAUUGGGGAGGCUUUGCACGUCUAUGCUUGUCGUUGGCUACCAGACACCACAAACAUUAGACCUCCUCUGGAUCAAAAUAGCGAUUAUAAUCAUGAUGAAACAUUAAUGGAAAAGAAUCGAAGGAUUGUUGAUACCAUUGCUAGUAUGAUUCCUGGAGAUAAGGGAUCGGUUUCAGUUGGUUUCUUGCUAAGGCUUCUUGUUAUUGCAAAUUAUCUAGGAGGAGUGUCUCCAGUGACAAAGACAGAACUCUUGAGGAGAUCCAGUCUACAACUUGAAGAGGCAACCGUGAAUGACCUGCUUUUUCCUUCACACUCACCCAAUGACCCUGAAUUUUAUGAUAUUGACUUGGUGUUGGCACUCUUGCAAAGUUUCUUGGUGAUAUGGAGAAGACAAUCCCCUGCAGCAGCUGCAGAAAACAGCCACCACUUUUUCAGGACAAUAAGAAAGGUUGGGAAGAUCAUUGAUUCUUACCUUCAAGUCGUUGCAAGGGAUGCCAACAUGCCAGUAUCAAAAGUGGCAACUCUUGCUGAAGCUUUGCCAGAUAUGGCUAGGGAAGACCAUGAUGACAUCUACAAGGCUAUUAACAUUUAUUUAAAGGAGCACUCUGAUCUGAGCAAGGCAGAUAAGAAGCGCUUGUGCCGCAUUUUAGACUGCCAGAAGUUGUCGCCAGAGGUACGUGCUCAUGCUGUCAAAAAUGAGAGGCUACCAUUGAGGAUUGUUGUGCAAGUCCUCUUCUUUGAGCAAGAGAGAGGUUCCAACUCUAAGGCAGCAGUGACUUCUCAUAGACUACCGGGCCAGCUGGAGCAACUUUCCAGCUCAAGAAAACAAACAUCAACUACCAGCAGGGGUGAAGAUCAUGCAGCUAAGCUAAGAUUGGGUGGAGAUGAUGAAAAACUCAGUAGGGGGGAGGGCACGAGAAGAACCAAUAAUGCCGUUUCUGAAACCACGAAUGCUACUGGAAAGAGAGAUAUUUAUGAGCAAAGGAAAAGAUCAGAAGCAAAGUCUGCAGUGGAAUUCACGGAAAGAAGGGCUGUGAAUAGGGGUGAAAUACAAGUGGAAGAAGUAAAUAUGGGAAGAGAAAUCAGGGAGCUGGGAAUAUUAUCAGCUGGGAGCAAGUUGGACGCCAGCAAGAUGAUACAAAAGGGAAGUAGAUCAUCAGACCAUGGCCGCGACAAAGCCAAAGACAGAUAGCAAACUAAAUAUAUGUAUCAACAUUCAUCCUUCUUCCCUUUCUUAUUUUGCACAUGUACAUGAAUUUAAGUUUUUUGUUUUGGAAAAUUCUGGAGUUCUGAACAAUGUUGUGCGCCCUAUUCAAUAUAGUAUUGUGUCA